AUGGCCAAGCAGACAGGGGUGUUCUACCUCACCCUCGUCCUCAUUCUUGUGACCUGUGGACUUUUCUUCGUUUUUGAUUGUCAAUUCCUGGCUCUUCAGCUGACUCCGAUCAUCCCUGUCAUAGGAGGUGUGCUGUUUUUGUUUGUACUGGGGACUCUUCUGAGAACCAGCUUCAGUGACCCUGGGGUACUGCCCAGGGCCACCCCAGAUGAGGCAGCUGACCUGGAAAGGCAAAUAGAUGUUGCCAACGGAAGCACUGGCUACAGACCGCCUCCAAGGACUAAAGAGGUGGUCAUCAAUGGGCAGACCGUCAAACUGAAGUAUUGCUUCACGUGCAAAAUCUUCAGACCACCACGUGCCUCUCACUGCAGCCUCUGUGACAACUGUGUGGAGCGUUUCGACCAUCACUGUCCCUGGGUGGGGAACUGCGUGGGAAGGAGAAACUACCGUUUCUUCUACAUGUUCAUCCUCUCACUCUCCUUCCUUACCAUCUUCAUCUUCGCCUUUGUCAUCACACACAUCAUAUUGCGCUCACAUCAGAGUGGGUUCCUCACUGCUCUCAAAGACAGUCCAGCCAGUGUGCUGGAGGUGGUUGUGUGCUUCUUCUCGGUCUGGUCCAUCGUGGGCCUCUCAGGCUUCCAUACCUACCUGAUCAGCUCGAACCAGACCACCAAUGAAGACAUAAAAGGUUCGUGGUCUUCUAAAAGAGGGAAGGACAACUACAACCCAUACAGCUACGGCAAUAUAUUCACAAACUGCUGUGCAGCCCUUUGUGGACCCAUCCCACCCAGUCUAAUUGACAGACGGGGCUUUAUCCAGCCAGAUGCCCCUCAGCUGACACCACCCACCAACGGCAUCACUAUGUAUGGUUCCACCCAGUCCCAGCAAAGCCACAUGUGUGACCAAGACCAGUGCAUUCAGAGCACCAAAUUCGUUUUGCAGGCCGCCGCCACACCCCUCCUCCAGCAGCAGAGCAGCGAGCCAGUCAUCAUGACAGCCUGCCCUGAAAACGGAGCGCCUCUACCGGGCCGCGCCUCCCUCAGCCUGGGAGGCCCGUGCACCUCUCUUCCCCUUGGGCAGCCCACCCCUCCAACAUCCACCCCCAGCCUCAGCUGCCACGAGGCGGACAUGCUGCCAAUUCAUGGACACAGCCACACACACACACACUCACACAACCACAUCCACCCCCUCCAGGAGCAAGUGGCCCACCACCACUAUCUCACCCCAGAGGAGGUGCCCUCUCCUCCGGGCAUGCUCCACUGCGGAAGCCCCAUGGGCCACAGCCACGCGGUGCAGGCAAGUUUCUACAACCCGGCCAGUCAAGACUCGCUACACGAGGACUCCGUCAGGGGACUGGUGAAGCUGAGCUCUGUCUGA